AUUAGAUCUGAAACCCUGUGACGGACCCAGGGCUUCGUACAUGAAGGCAGGUUACUCUCGGUACGUAAAUACGAGAAAGUAAGGCUUCGUUCUGAGAGGACUGGCAAAAGGUGUCAAUAGCGCAAAUGGGAUUCUCAUUGAGAGAAGGUCAUGGACCAUUAAGACAACACGGUGGGAAAUACUGGCCACGUGAAUGUUCGAGGGAAAGCAAAUGCGUUGCGACAAAGGGAGCGAGAGAUGGAGAAAAGGGAAGUAGACAUCCUAGGGAUAGUAGGUAGAGGUGCAAACAGGUGGAAAGUGAACGAUGUAUAAUAAAGGAAGAAACAACUCAUGAUGCCACUUCAUCCCAUGCGUAGCUUGAUGGUAUGAUAUGUCUGUACGUGGAAACACGUGUAUUGGUAUUCACUGUCUCAAUCGUUGACUGGUAUUCUUGUCUUCCGUUAUCGUUAUUAUCGUUUGUUGGUUUGUUACCACUAACUAACUCACUUUGGUAUGUUAUUCACCGGAAUCUUGACCUUAUUCGUAUUGACACUCUCAUUGGGAAAUAAAUCAUUGACAAAUCACUGAAACCCUCAUGACUGGCUGACGACAAUAAAC